UCUUUGACGAAUGGUGUCCCGUGUGGGAGGGGCUAGGCGUGUCGGCGGCUCCCGGUUGUUGCCCCGCUUCUCUGAACAGAUGAAACUGAUACAGAGCGCGAGUAUGAAAUCGAGUGAACGGCGCCUAGAGAAACAAUAAUAAUUACUGUUUAAACUAUGAAAUAGAACAGCGUGACUCUAUUGUCAUAUUUUAAUUAGCCCUUUAUUUGAAUGGUUUUUAUUUGAGGGUUUUAAUCUCAUUGGAAAGCGGCUGGUGCCGCUGUGUUAGAGAGCUCUGUGACUGGAGGACGUGGUGAUGGAGGCGGGUCCAAGUGUGCAAGCGGAGCUGGAGUUCCGAGGGGCGGAGUUUUCAGUCAGGGUGUCAUCGGGGGCGGAGUUUCUGGAGGUGGAGGUGUCGGACAUGCUCAGUGCGGAUCAGUGGAGAGGGCAGUUCGACUCAGCAUACAUUGAGGAUCUGACACGGAAAACUGGGAACUUCAAGCAGUUUGCAAUCUUCUGCAGCAUGCUGGAGUCAGCCCUGACCAAGAGCAGCGAGUCUGUGACCCUCGACCUCCUGACCUACAGUGACCUGGAGCUGCUGCGGAACAGGAAGGCGGGGCUUGGGUCUCGGCCCCACCCCUCAUCGAAGUCACCGGCGCUCAACGCAAAGCGCUACCUCAUUCUCAUCUACUCAGUGGAGUUCGACAGAAUCCACUACCCCCUGCCUCUGCCCUACCAGGGCAAACCAGACCCAGCGCGGCUGCAGAGAGAGAUCAGAGAGCUGAGAGAAGAGCUGAGAGAGAGGGGAGAGGGGGCUGCACACACCAGCAAGGACUCGGAGACACACCGACUCAGAGCAGAGUUGGUGAAGCUGCAUCAGGAGAAGGAGGUGCUGGCAGGGGCCCUGGAGAGGAUGCAGGCAGAGGGGUCGCGACCCCACAGUGACCUCCGAGGGGUCAGAGUCCUGAAGGACGUGGUGCACAGUCUAGAGGAAGAACUGCUGAGAGAGAGGACAAGAAACAAGAGAGCACAGAGCAAGAGAGAGCAGGAGUACAGACAGCUACAGGAACAGCUGGAGGAGUUGAAGGAGUCUGAGAGGAGUCUGCGGGUUCGAGUGAAGAGUCUGACCAAUGAGCUGGCGCUGUGCAGGAAGGGCAGGAUGACCCCUCUGUCCCGGGGGGGAGGGGAGGGGGAGGGGAGGCGCUCUGUGUCCCGGGACAGGGAGAGGGAGAGGAGUCGGGGGAGAACAGGCUCUGCAGGACCCGUCAGAUCAGUGUCGAGGGAGCGGAGAGAGUGCUGGGCUGGAGGGGACAGGGAGAGGUCACGGGAGAGGUCAGGAUCCCGCCCAGUUCCUCCACGCCUGUCUCCUUCAGGAACCCGAGUCCAGCGCUUCGACCCCACAGCCUACGUGAAGGACAAGGAGCAGAGACAGAGAGAGGCAGAGAGGAGGAGCCAGCGAAAGGUUUGUCGGGACCUGCUGGCCACUCCCCCCAGCAGUGAGAGGGGGCGGCCCUGCUCCAGAGAGACACGCCCCCUGGGCAGGAGAGCUGGGUCUGCAGGAAGGGGGCGGAGUUCCUCGGCAGAGAGUGUGAGGAGCAGACAGUCUUCUGCAAGCUCAUUGGCUGAGCUGGAGGAGUUGUCACAGCCGCUUCCCUCUAGUUCUGGUCUCGGAGGCAGGAAGGCAGGUCGGCCCCUGGGCUCUGUGCUGUGGAACGCUCCUGGACUGCCUCGCAGAGGGGCCGGUGGUCCUAAGAAGCACAUGUCCAGCACUCCGACCCGGAAGAACCGCUCCAGCGAUAAAGAGAACUCGUCUGGCCCUGGCGCUGACCUCUCUGAGAUCGAUGCUCGGUUGCAGGCUCUGCAGGAGUACAUGAGGAACCUGGACACACAAGCCUAGCCUUGACCCCUGACCCCAGCACACAGCUACAGGAGGGACCUGACCCUGACCCCAGCAUAUCAAGAGUCCCCGAGUCUGACCCCACAGCGACCCUGAUUGAGCCCUGACCUGCAGUGAUCCUGUGCAGCUGUGAACUCAACGCAUUUAACGGCAGCAGCAGCAGCCUGUGUUUAAAACAAGCAGUAACUUUGAAUUAUAAACCCUGGAACCAGCCGUGUCUGGGAUGGGAAUAAAACCAGUUGCCCAGCAUCUCGAUCCAUUCCUGGUUUUACUAUGAGUUUAAUAAGACGUCUUUGAGCUUGUUACCUGUACACACUGGCUAAUGAAGCUCGUAUUGACAGACUCCGUGGCGAGAUGCGAUGAUGUCAGGGACUCCUGUGCGCUUCGCUCUCGCACUGUGAUCGAGGGGCAGGGGGCUCUGGAUGUACUCUUUAAUACAGCACAGUGAGCCAGUCCUUCACUGGGGAGUCCUGGGGUUUGAACUGGGACCGCUUCAUAUGGGUACAGGCACUGGUUUCCGUUUUCCACUGGGUAACUCGGCUGUUACAUUUUUUUGAUUAAUUGAAUCAGCCUCAAGAUUUCUGAUAUUGUUGUUUUACUUUCUAGUUUUUGAGAAACUAAACAACAAAAAACCCUGGAAUGAAUCCUCGCGGCAGUAGGUGACACGCUGUGUCGUUAACCCCUUCCCCCCUGGAGCCGGCUGUUUGCAGCCCUGCUGUGCUGGUCAUGGCGAAGCCGCUGGCCAGUCUCCUCGGCGCCUGUAGAGUCCAGACUCGGCAUAGGAAACAGGCAGUUAAACAGGAAGAGCGCAUUGACAGUGGAGGCAGCCAGGUGCCGCUACACGCUGUGUAAAAUCCCUCCAGAAUUAAGGGUGAAUACUUGGAGAAGGAACUUGUCAAGACUUCCUGUCAGAACUGCUUUGUUGGUGAACUUGAUGGGCUUCUGUGUAGCUCCUGUUUGUGUUCAAAGCUGGGGUUUUAAGGGCUGGGGCUGGGCUGGGGUGGGGGGUGUUUUUAGCAAUAUCAAUCAGGGUUUGCUCGAGCCUGUGUGGUUUUUUAAAAAAUUGUGAAAGUUUUUUUUUUUGUUUUUUUUUUUUUUUAAAUUAAACCCAGAGCUUGACAAAGUGUGUGAUA